AUGACCCGGCUGAUGGUGGGCCGGACCCUGGAGCGGAUUUGCAAAGCCGUGCUGCUGCUGUGCCUUGUGCACUUCCUCAUUAUGAUGAUCCUUUACUUUGACGUCUACAGCCAACGUUUCGACAUCUUCAGCCGUUUCAACGCCGCUCGUGGCGCUAAUGCUUCCCGCGGCGCGCACCACUACUACUACAACUUCUCCAGACCCAACGCCACCUUCGCCAGUUACCUGGCUACGGCCGACCAGCUGCUGCCUAGCGCGCGGCCAGACACCAAUCACACGCCGCCCACCCCUAAACCCAUACCUCCGUGCCCAGAGAUACCCCCUGGGUUGGUGGGACGGCUCCUCAUUGAGUUCAGCUCUCAGAUGACUCUGGAACGGGUACAGAGAGAGAACCCCAACGUGACAGAAGGGGGAAAGUACACCCCCCCGGACUGCAGGCCCAAACAGAAGGUGGCUAUCAUCAUCCCCUUCAGACACAGGGAACACCACCUGAAGUACUGGCUACACUACCUACACCCCAUCCUGCGUAGGCAGAAGAUCGACUAUGGCAUCUACAUCGUUAACCAGCUCGGCGAGGACACCUUUAACCGGGCCAAGCUGCUGAACGUGGGUUACACGGAGGCUCUGAAAGACGCAGAAUACGACUGCUUCAUCUUCAGCGACGUCGACCUCAUCCCCAUGGAUGAUCGUAACCUCUACCACUGCUACGAUCAGCCCCGGCACUUUGCCAUCGCCAUGGACAAAUUCGGUUUCAGGUUGCCCUACGCUGGGUAUUUCGGAGGAGUGUCUGGCUUGAGCAAAAAGCAAUUCCUCAAAAUCAAUGGCUUUCCCAACGAGUAUUGGGGCUGGGGAGGAGAAGAUGACGACAUUUAUAACAGGAUCACGCUGAACGGAAUGAAAGUGUCUCGGCCAGACGUGAGGAUCGGUCGCUACAGAAUGAUCAAGCACGAGAGAGACAAGCACAACGAACCCAACCCCCAGAGGUUCAACAAAAUUCAGAACACAAAGAACACCAUGCGAAGAGAUGGUAUCAGCUCACUGACUUAUCGGCUGGUCUCUGUCAAGAAGUAUCCACUCUAUACCAACAUCUCAGUGGAGAUCGGCAAACCCCCUCCACGACCAAUCAGGGGAUAG